CUCCAUUCACUCCCUACUUCUGCAUGCUGCAUUGUUUUACAUGGACGCAGAAGCUGAGUCAUUACAAUCUCUUUAUGACAAAACACGAUCUAUUGUAUCAAAGAAUAUUACCAAUAUUUGGGUUUUGCCGGACAGUUCAGAAUUUAAUGGCACUGGUCCACAAUCUACAGUCAACAGUAUUUUAUCUAACAGGGCAAAUGUUAAUAACUCUGAGCCUGGAAGUUUCGCUGAUCUAGAGACAUUCCUUCCACCUAAAGUAGAUUUAAAUGUUAAGUUUGGAAUGCAUAUUUAUGGUAAAUAAUACUUUUACUGUUUUACAUGUUCAAUGGUCAAUUGUGUGUAAAUUUUUUCAUCCAAAAGUACAUUAUGUCACGUCACCUGUAUUUAUUGGCUUAUUGUGCAUUAUUUUUUAUAGUUAUGGAAUUGACUCAAUCACAAUUACUGCGAUGCUCAUUAAUUAGUAGAUAUUUAACAAUCAUUUGCAUUUUGAUCAUUGGUUUAAAGUUCAUUUUUCUCAGAAGUCUGUAACAUUGAAUAUUCUGAUGUGUAGUUAGCGUAAAGUUGUUCACACAAUGGAUGAGUUGCAUAUUAAUAAAGAGUUUGCAAAGAAAUAUGAAAGGUACAGGAAAGCAGAAGAAAUGCAGAGAUUGAAGGAUAAGUACGGAAACACAGAUGCGUUAGAGAGUAGUAGUUCGGAAUCUGAGGACGAAACAGCUGAAGGCAUCAACCCAAAGUUAGAAAAAGAUUUCUUUGAUACACUUGCUCAACUGAAAAGAAAAGACAAAACUAUUUAUGAAAAAGACAGAAAAUUUUUUAAAGAAUCUCCUUCCCCAGAUGAACAGUGUGGUGGUGGAAGUCCAGAUUCUGGGGUUCAUGAAAACAGCAAAAGUGAAAAACCUUUCUUGUUAAGAGAUUAUGAAAGAAAGGUGGUUUUGGAAAAAGAUGGUUGUUAUGAAGACGAUGAAAAUGAAACCACAGCUGGAAGUUACUUCAGUGAAUUGAAUCAAAUUAAAAAAGAUUUAAAGAAAGCAACAUCAGAGAACGAUGUAAACGAUGACGGUGAUGAUGACUUUUUGACCAAGAAAGCACAGAGCAGUCAUGUAGAUGAUAAAGUUGACUUGGGAGAGUUGGAUAGUUACUGGAAAGACCCAGAACUCAGCAAAGAUGAAAAAUUUCUUCGAGAUUAUAUUCUUGAGCGGAAAUAUCUGGACACAAAUGAAUUAGAGAUGGAUGGAGAAUAUGAGGAGGAGGAGGAGGAAGAGGAAAUGUUUGUGAGCAAACAAGAAACAUUCGAACAUAAGUUUAACUUUAGGUAUCAGGAACCAGAUGCAGAAUUUAUCAAAAGUUACCCCCGCACUAUCGGGACUUCAGUUCGAAAAACCAACAACAAAACUAAACAGAAGAGAAUUUCAAGAAAGGAGAGAAAGGAAGAAGAAAAAAACAAAAGAAUGGAAGAAUUGAAACGACUCAAGCAACUUAAGAGAGAGGAAAUCCUUGAAAAAGUGAAUUUGUUGCAAAAAGCAACUGGAAACACUGAUAUCAACUUUAUGGACAAAGAUAUUGAAGGAGAUUUUGAUGUUUCUGAAUAUGACAAACGAAUGAAGGAUUUAUUCGACGAUGAGUUUUACUCAAAAGAAGAAGAAGAGAAACCAGAGUUUUCAGAUCUUGGGGAGGAUUUUGAUUAUGAAGAGGAUGAGAAUUGGGAUGAAUAUGAAUGUGGUGACACUGCACAAGAUACAAACGAUAACACUGCAACAAAUUUCAUCACAAUGGUCUUGCUGCACUGUGAACAAGCUGACUUUAAUAUGGAUUGUGAUUUUGACACCACCAGUGUAAGAAGUCGAAAGAAAUUAGUAAAUCCAACCAAAGCAGAAAAGAAACGAAAAAAAUCUGCUUUUUACGAAGCUGUGGCGAAAGAGAAACCCAAAUUUAAUCCAGAUGAGAAAAGUUUCAGUGAAUAUUUGGACGAAUAUUAUGCCAUGGAUUUUGAAGAUUUAAUUGGAGACAUGCCGUGUCGUUUCAAGUAUAGGAAAGUGGCGGAAAACAACUUUGGAUUAACGACAGACGAGAUACUAAACUCCGACAACCGUACAUUGAAUUCGUGGUGUUCAUUAAAACAAGUGGUUCAACAUCGAUCUAAACACGAAGAAGAUUUUCUGAAAAGAAAAUUUUCACAGCUCUCCAAAACGAAAAAACGACGCCAUUUUGAAAAAUUCCAAAAACCGCCCGAAUCAGAUGUUCAGGAAACAUCUGGCAACACUAAAAAUGAAAAUAAUGAACCUCAAAAAUUAAAGAAGAAUUUGAACUCAAAACAGCGAAGAAGAAAAAGGGAGAGAGAGAGGAGAUUAGAAGCGCUCAAAUCAUCUGGUUCCAGUUCGUCAAAUACGUUUGUUUCGUCACAAAAGUCCAAGAAAAAACGGACAGGGGAGAGCGACACCUUUCGCAAAAUUUCGCGCAUAGACCACGACCGUUUGGCGGCGUACGGACUUAAACCAAAACAAGUUUUGAAAAAAGCAAAAUAUGGACGAACUGCUAAACAAAGUUAGUACAAGUCAUUUUGCGGUCUUUCGUAAAAUACAUGCUGACGUCUGUCCUCCGUAAAGAGAGUGCUUUUGUUUUGCAAAUACUUUCAAAUAAAAAUAAAUAAACCUGUAA